AUGUCUUUGACUGAGACAUGCAAAGAAAUUGCCGCAUCUCUAUCCUCAGCACAUCAAUCAUCAAGCUCGCAGAUCGCUAAAUGUUCAUUUGAGCCAGGAACGUUUUUAGAUGUUGGCAUAGCGGUAAUCUGCUUUUGCACGCUCCAAAUCUUAGGCAAGACUAGGACUCCUUUUGCGGCGAAGGGUGGUGGACAUGCGUCCAACCCUGGUCUAGUCUGGGACGACGUGUACGCUGCCUUGGAGCCAUACGGGGUUAACGUUGUUGGUAUUCGAGUACCGGGUGUCGGCGUUGCCUGUUUCACUCUCGGUGGAGGAUAUUCAUGGCUCUCCAAUCAGUACGGAUUGACGAUUGACACCAUGCAGUCCUUUGAGUUAGCGAUUCCAAACGAUACUGUUUUGAAUGUUACCGCAGCUUCUGACCCAGAAUUUGAGGCGCACCAAAACUACGGCAUAGUUACUAGAUUCACGCUAAAGACCUUCUCUCAAUCGCAAGUUUGGGGUGGGAUUAUCAUAUAUUCUGCAAAGGUGUCGGACCUUGUCAGUCAAGUCGCAGCAAACUUCGCCGCAAAUAUCACAGAUCCCAAGGCACAAAUCAUCACAACUUAUAAUCACAUUUUAGGCGUGGUAUCCGGAGUCUUAAAUUUUAUUUUCUAUGAUGGACCCUCGCCGCCUGGGGGAAUUUUUGGCCAUCCCUCACCUCUCAUCGCCUAUGAUGUCGAACCGUUCAUCCCGUCGAUAUAUAGCCACAGUACCACUCCAUCAGCAUACCCGCCUUCUCGCGAUCGAGGACUCCUUCUAUUGGACAUCUAUUUUGCAUGGACCUCUCUCACUUCAGACGGAAUCAUGCAACAAGCUGUUCGCGAUAGUGCAGCCCAUCUUCGCCAAUUGGCUAUCACUGAGGGCCAGGAUAUCGCCGACGCAGCUUCAUAUGGCAAUUAUGCCAUCUUUGACACACUACUGAGCAAUAUUUAUGGGGAGAACGUGCCACGGCUACAGGCCAUCAAAACCGCGGUAGACCCGACCAAUGUCAUGGGCUUGGCAGGGGGUUUCAAGUUCUAA